AUGCUUCUAGUUAAAUUCCACACAUCUAUUAAUGUCAAGGCAACCCAAAGAGCCCUCCUGAUGACAGGGGCCAUUCUGAUAAGUCUGGGCCUGGCUGAUGUCAAGGUCCUGGCAGAGUCCAAGGGCCUGGCUAAUGACAAGGGCCUUGCUGAGUCCAAAAGCCUGGUUAAGUCCAAGGGCCUGGCUGAGUCAAAUGGCCUGGCUGAGUCAAAGAGCCUGGCUGAGUCCAUGGGCAUGGCCAAGUGCAAUGGCCUGGCUAAUGACAAGGGCCUGGCUGAGUGCAAGAGCCUGGCUGAGUGUAAGGGCCUGGCUAAGUCCCAAAGCCUGGCUGAGUCCAAAUGCCUGGCUGAGUCAAAGGGCCUGGCUGAUGUCAAGGACCUGGCGGAGUCCAAGGGCCUGGCUGAUGUCAAGGGCCUGGCUGAGUCCAAGGGCCUGGCUAAUGACAAGGGCCUUGCUGAGUCCAAGGGCCUGGCUGAGUCCAAGGACCUGGCUAAUGACAAGGGCCUGGCUGAGUCCAAGGGCCUGGCUGAGUCCAAGAGCAUGGCUGAGUCCAAGGACCUGGCUAAUGACAAGGGCCUGGCUGAGUCCAAGGACCUGGCUAAUGACAAGGGCCUGGCUGAGUCCAAGGACCUGGCUAAUGACAAGGGCCUGGCUGAGUCCAAGGGCCUGGCUGAGUCCAAGGGCCUGGCUAAUGACAAGGGCCUUGCUAAUGACAAGGGCCUGGCUAAUGACAAGGGCCUGGCUGAUGACAAGGACCUGGCUAAUGACAAGGGCCUUGCUGAUGACAAGUGCCUGGCUGAGUCCAAGAGCCUGGCUGAUGACAAAGGCCUGGCUAAGUUCAAGAGCCUGGCUGAGUCCAAGAGCAUGGCUGAGUCCAAGAGCCUGGCUGAGUCGAAGGGCCUGGCUGAGUCCAAAGGCCUGGCUGAGUCCAAGGGCCUGGCAGAUGUCAAGGGCCUGGCUGAAUCCAAGAGCCUGGCUGAGUCCAAGGGCCUGGUUGAGUACAGGGGCCUGGCUGAUGACAAAGGCCUGGCUGAGUGCAAGAGCCUGGCUGAGUCCAAGGGCCUGGUUGAGUCAAAGGGCCUGGUUGAGUCCAAGAGCCUGGCUGAGCCCAAGAGCCUGGCUCAGUGCAAGGGCCUGGAUCAGUGCAAGGGUCUGGCUAAUGUCAAGGGCCUGGCUGAGUGCAAGAGCCUGGCUGAGUCCAAGAGCCCGGCUGAUGACAAAGGCCUGGCUGAGUCCAAGAGCCUGGCUGAGUCCAAGAGCCUGGGUGAGUCCAAGGGCCUGGCUGAGUCCAAGGGUCUGGCUGAUGGCAAGGGCCUGGCUGAGUCCAAGGGUCUGGCUGAUGGCAAGGGCCUGGCUGAGUCCAAGAGCCUGGCUGAUGACAAAGGCUAG